AUGGCCACUUUGUGCACGACAUGGCUCUCCGUGUAUUCUGUUAUCCUUCAGCUCAAACAUUAUUACAAACCGAGUCUUCAACGUUAUGUGGUGCGAAUCCUGGUCAUGCCUAUGUUGUAUGCAGUGGCAUCAACAAUUUCGCUAUUUUCGUUGCAGCUAGCUGAGAUGAUUGACCUUAUGAGAGAUUUAUAUGAAGCAUUUGUUAUCUAUUGUUUCUUCAGCUUGCUCGUGGAAUACUUGUCGGGAGAGCGCGCUAUGUUGACGUACCUUCAUGGUCGUCCGCCCAUGCCUCAUCUGUUUCCGCUGAACAUGUUCUUUUAUCCGAUGGACAUGAGUGAUCCAUACACAUUCCUGGCAAUAAAGCGUGGUAUUUUGCAAUAUGUGCAAAUUAAACCGAUCCUGGCCAUAGCCACAGUUUUUCUCAAAAUCUAUGGCAAAUAUGAGGACGGGCACUUACACCUCAAGAAUGGCUACACGUGGAUCGCCAUUGUCUACAAUUUUUCCGUGUUCGUGGCACUGUAUGCGCUUACAGUGUUUUGGAUCUGUCUGCAUACGGAGCUGGCUCCUUUUCGCGUCGCACCGAAAUUCUUGUGCGUCAAGGGAGUGAUUUUUUUCAGUUUUUGGCAAAGUCUACUCAUUUCCGUCAUCGUGUCAACAGGCUUGAUCCGACACAUUGGUGGUAUUUAUGGGGAUACAUACAUGUCAACGGCACUUCAAGACUUUCUGAUUUGCCUAGAAAUGCCUCUAUUUGCGCUAGCGCACAUGUAUGCAUUCUCGCAUCUAGAUUAUAUUCCACGAACUAGCGGGCUUGUUGGCCGCAUGCCAUUUUUGUUCGCUUUACGCGAUAGUUUUGGAACAGGGGACGUUGUCGCUGACACAUUGGCCACAGUUCACGGCACGAACUACACAUAUCGAUCAUGGGAACCAAGUGAGGAUGUUCGACAUCAUUUAUACGCAUUCAAGGGUCGGAGUCGUGCUGGCUUGCGGUACACCGACGAUGGUCGCACCAAGUACUGGAUCAACGGCAAUGCAACGGCUCAUGGAGAUGAAGGAACCCCAUUACGAAUCGCUUCGCAAACGCACUACCUUUCGAUCAACAACGAGUGCGAUGAAUUAGCAGAUGUGCAUUUUCCAAAAUUAACGCAGGAGGAAGAAAUUCUGUAUCAAUUAAGCCGAAAGCUACCAUUUGGAGAUUAUAGAUACCCUUGUAUACAAGCAUAG